CAACCUCUGUGUAACCAUCCGGCGUUUGCUGUUCUUUCGUGUUCCCUUUUCCAAACCAAACAACCUCCAUCAAAGCAUUUUCAUUGGAUGCGACAAAUUACUAAUGACUGGAGGCCAACGCAAUCCAAAACAUCAAGUCAAAGAUUACAACGUGGAAAAUAGGGAGAGGAAAUCCAGGUCUUGACGAACAACUGAAAAACAAAAUGAAGAGUCUCGCAGACGUCCCUGUUGAAGAUCUUCACCCUGAGAACCAUGACCACCUCCAUGUGAAACAGAAGGAGGAGUCCGACAUGCCGUGGAUCAAACAGGAGGCGGAGCCAGAGACCCCUGACAUUAAAGAAGAAAAACAAGAAGUUGAAAUCCUCAGGUUUCCAAUAGGUGUCAGUGUAAAGAGCGAAGAAGACGAAGGUACAGCCGAUGAGAGCGGAGCAGCGAAACCUUCGAGCGACGGCUCAUUUCAGCACGUGACAACAAAAGGAGAGGAACAAUUGCAACCGGACAGCCUCUUGGCUCCACUUUCGGACAGCGACGACAUAACGUCACAUUCUUCUGACUUUAACACUGAUGAGGAGGAGGAUGACUUUGACCAAAACGCUUCAAACCCCUUAGACAAGUCGUCAUUUAAAAGAGACACAAAAGAAUAUGCGGUUGGGAAACCUUUUCCCUGCUCACGUUGUGAUAAAACAUUUCUUCGGAAAAGCAAGUUAAAGGCACACAUGCGUACACACACCGGGGAGAAGCCUUUUGUGUGCACGUGUUGUGGUAAACGAUUCACUCAGAAGGGACUUUUAGUAUCGCACACAAAAAAUCACACUGGAGAGAAGCAUUUUGCCUGCACACUUUGUGAUAAGAAAUACUUCACAAAGGCAAGUUUAAACAUUCACACAAGAACACACACUGGAGAGAAGCCUUUUGCCUGCACCCUUUGUGGUAAAAGAUUCAUCAGGAAGGGAGAUUUAAACAAACACGCAAUCAUACACACUCAACAGAAGCCUUUUGCCUGCACAUUUUGUGGUAAAAGAUUCACCGACAAGGGAGGUUUGAACAGACACACAAGUAGACACACUGGAGAGAAGCCUUACGCCUGCACACUUUGUGGUAAAAGAUUCAUCGAGAAGGAAGGUUUGAAUAGACACACAAGCACACACACUGGAGAUAAGCAUUUUGCCUGCACACUUUGUGAUAAAAAAUACUCCACAAAGGCAAGUUUAAACAUUCACACAAGAGCACACACUGGAGAGAAGCCUUUUGCCUGCACCCUUUGUGGUAAAAGAUUCAUCAGGAAGGGAGAUUUAAACAAACACGCAAUCAUACACACUCAACAGAAGCCUUUUGCCUGCACAUUUUGUGGUAAAAGAUUCACCGAGAAGGGAGGUUUGAACAGACACACAAGUAGACACACUGGAGAGAAGCCUUACGCCUGCACACUUUGUGGUAAAAGAUUCAUCGAGAAGGGAGGUUUGAACAGACACACAAGCACACACACUGGAGAUAAGCAUUUUGCCUGCACACUUUGUGAUAAAAAAUACUCCACAAAGGCAAGUUUAAACAUUCACACAAGAACACACACUGGAGAGAAGCCUUUUGCCUGCACACCUUGUGGUAAAAGAUUCAUCAGGAAGGGAGAUUUAAACAAACACACAAGCACACACACUGGAGAUAAGCCUUACGCCUGCACACUUUGCGAGAAAAGAUUUAUUCAGAAGACCAAUCUAGAAAGACAUAAGCGCCAACACACUGAAAUACAUGAUAUGAAAUGACAUGAAGAACGAAAUUAUUUUUCAGGUGCUGUUCUUUUUCACAACUAUCCAAUAUACAGUAUAUGGCGGAAAACACAAGAGGCUGAAAAAGCAAUUUCUGCUCUUGCACCCCUCUUUUUGAUAAAAUGCUGUAUUGUAAGCCAAUUGUGUUUGAUAGAACAAUAUGUUUAUAUGCUGCUAUAGCAGUUUCAUGGUGCAUUAUGCCCUCGGACUAAUUUUAAUUUGUCCGUUUUACCCUGGAGAUCCCCGUUUACAGACACUAAGCAACCGAUUCUGUUUGAUUCCUUCAUUUGUUUUGUUGCCGCUGCUGUGCUCGCAAUAGUCUUCUGUUGCAUUGCAGAAAUUAUCUCACACUUCCGGGUUUGGGAAUACAGUAUUGAA